ACUAUCUUCACUCUUUAACCGCACAGUUUGAGAAUCAUCAUCAGAUCAGUAGAGUGAUUUUGGAAAUUUGUUUUGUCAUCCAUCCAGUUUAAACAAAGAUUCUUCUUUUUUAUUAAUUUUUAUACAUAAAAUGUUCCGAAACCAAUACGAUAGCGAUGUUACCGUCUGGAGUCCCCAGGGCCGACUCCAUCAAGUCGAAUACGCCAUGGAAGCAGUCAAACUUGGCUCUGCAACUGUCGGUCUGAAAAAUCAUGACUACGCUGUUUUGGUAGGACUUCGUCGUGCCACUUCCGAAUUAUCGUCCAGUCAAAAGAAAAUCAUUCCAAUCGAUGAUCAUUUGGGUAUUUCGAUUGCUGGAAUCACUGCCGACGCUCGUGUAUUAAGUCGUUACUUGCGUACAGAAUGUUUGAACUACAAAUACUCGUACGAUACAACCUAUCCGGUGUCUCGUUUGAUUAUGAAUCUAGGAAACAAGAUGCAAGUGACAACUCAACGAUACGAUCGACGUCCUUAUGGCGUUGGUCUUCUAGUUGCGGGCUAUGACGAUCAAGGUCCACACAUCUAUCAGGUGGUUCCGUCAGCCAAUUAUUUCAAUUGCAAAGCAAUGUCAAUAGGUUCGCGUUCGCAAAGUGCUCGUACCUAUUUGGAGCGUCAUUUGAGUGAGUUUGCUGAUUGUUCCAAAGAUGAAUUGAUUUGUCAUGGUAUCCAGGCAAUUCGAGGAACAUUGCCCAAUGAUGAACUUUUGGCUAAGGAUGAACAAUCUCCACUUUUGAACAUUUCCAUUGCCAUUGUUGGCAAAGGUCAAGAAUUCAAAAUCUUCGAUGAUGAAGAAAACUUGCACUAUGUUAAUAUGGCAAAGGCUAAGGCUGGAUCUGCACCGGGACCAUCGAGGGGUCAGGAAGACGAACCUGCAGCCGGUGCAGGGGAUGAUGGGGACGAGCCACGUCCACCCCCAAACGAUCCCCAGGUUGCCGUAGAAACGAUGGAUCAGUAAAUGCAUUUAAUGAUAUCCGAUCUGCGGAUGAAUCCGAGUUAGAGAAUGAUAUUUGAUUGGGGAUCCGUUUGAGUUGUCAUCAAAAACACUUUGACGGAUCCCCAACAAAUUGUCUUAAGCUCGGACUUGAGUUUUGCUUGAGAAUUCGUGCAAACAUAAAAUUUUUUGUCGGAUAGUGGUUCUGUUUAAUAUUUGGAAUAAAUAAAACUUAUUAUAUAAAAAAAA